GUCCUGCAAAGCUUGAAUCACAAGCAUGCUGGCACACUUGCGAACGUGAACGGAGCCUCGGUAAGUGCUAUUUUUUUUCUUUAGCUCACCCGCCGCUUUAUAUGCGUAUAUUAGGUCAUCGUACCAACGAGUCCAAUGGAAGGUGCAACUUCGAGAGAAACUAAAGAAUUUUGGAGCCAUCUCUGGAAACAGGGACACACCAUGUGGCAGCAGCCCGGAGUGCACAAACUAUUGAUUAACAACAAAGAAACUCUCCUCAGGGGAAGAACAGGAGCUCGUGUGUUCUUACCACUUUGCGGAAAAGCACAUGAACUGAGGUGGUUUUAUGACAUGGGGCACAAUGUAAUCGGAGUUGAAUUUGUGGAGGAAUGCGUGCGGAGCUACUUCAAUGACGGUGGCCUUCAAAUUGAGGAGGCUACUUGUCCCAUCAUCAAGUGCAAGAUAUUCAGGACGCCAGACCACCGACUUCAAGUGUUUAUCUGCAACAUUUUCGACUUUAAAAGGGAGUGUGCUGGAAUAAUGGAUAUUGUUUGGGAUAGGUCUGGGUUUACAGCCAUGAGAGUUGAAGACCGCGGCAGGUAGGCUGCAGUCAUAAAGAAUUUGCUAGCUCCAGGCUUUUCGUAUGGAAUGUGGACAGUGGUGUAUGAUUCCGAGACAGACGUCGACUCGUGGGCACCCCGAAGCGCAGGAGAGUCUGCUAUCCGAAAGCAUUUCGGUGACGUUGCCGCCAGGAUUACGCUCGCGGAUUUUUAUGUCAAAGAGCAGGCGUUCGCCGAUGGUGGUGGACCGUUCACUUUCUGUUUCUGGCACAUGACCCCUCAUCAGAAGUGAAGCCGCGUCAUUUCUGCACCCGUCAUGGUGUCAUUUCAACAUCAGCGGACUACUUCAAGAGCAGGCAUAUAGUGAACACAAAUAAAUUUGGCAAUAUUGUGGCAACGCACUUGUCUAUACUAUAUACCGCAA